AUGGAGCACCAAGGAGACGGAACUACAAGCGCGAUUGUCAACUUUGCUCCCGAUGACGACAUAAUUUUAGUUGUUGGGCCAGAGAUGAAGAGAUUUCGCGUUCAUUCAUUAUUUCUCAAGGUAGCUUCGAAGCCUUUCUACGCCAUGUUCAAAUGGGAAUGGCAGGAAGGCCAAGAUUUGCUCCAUCGGGAUGGUCCCAAAGAGAUAGAACUUCCUGCAGAUAAUGCAGCUGCUUUGGAAACCAUACUUGCCAUUAUUCAUCACCAACAUAAUGAGAUUGCUAGAAGCAUUACUGCGAGUCAAGUUCUGGAGGUUGCUAUUGUAGCGGACAAAUACGAUUUUCUCGGUGCCGUGAAAUUUGCCAGCGAGGUUUUGCUCCGGAUUGGUGCCAAAGAUCCGAGUGAUCAAAUGCGUCUUGUUGCGGCGGCGUAUCUUUUUCGAGAUACACGAGCGUUCAAGGAAAUUACAAAAGCUUUGGUACUCAACUAUCACGGUUCUUACCUCGAUCUUGCGUGCGAUGAAGUUGAAUCUGCAAUGAGCUGGAGGGUAUUUUGUCUACUCGAAGCACAGAGGAGCUACGCAAGGUCGGAAUUUUGUCAAGUGCUCUUAGAAGAAAUGGAUUCAGGGAAAUGUGAUCACGGCUGUGAUUUCACUUACCGAUAUACAUAUCCAUACCUGAAAUCACUGGAGAAAUAUAAAAUUUGGCCAAAAAAGCUACAUGAUGUCUCCCUCUCCAAAGCGAUAAAUUUGGUGGAGAGUAUGCCUGAUCCAAUCCAUGAGACGGCAAGCGGUAGAUGUUGUCAUUCGAACUUUCAUACACCUUCAUGGCCAUACAAAGCAGGGCCGGUUCGGCAAUUGAAAUUUUUGUGUGAAAAAUUUGGACUUUGCUUGACCUGCGUUCGAGAUGGUGCGACUGCUACUGUGGGAUGUGACCAUGAAGAUGAUUAG